CGCAAGCGGACCGACGAAGUUCAUACAACAAUAAGCUGGUCAACACACAAGUCCACUCCCUAUAUACAUCAGGAAUCACGGUACCGAGACUCUCAGAGACUACAGCUUACAGCGCUGGUCUGGUAAUGACAGCAAAUUUGUUUCCUUACUGAGUUACUUCUCGACUUGGGCAUUCUUCAAGUACGAUCUACGGACUGUGAAUUGCUUCGGCAAUGGUCGACUCUAGCUCGGAGUUCGCGGCUAUUCCGCUCCGGUCCUCCGUCGGAUUCAGUUGGGUGUUUCUUGUUGAGCUGAUUGUCGUUGGAAUCGCUGUUAUCUUCGUUCUAUUCUACUUCAACCGUGUUGUGGGAACUAUUAUCUCGCUGUCUAUUCGGUGGUACACAUGGCACAAGUACAGAGUAUUCAUAGACGUGCGAUCUAUCCAGGUCUCAUUUCUGGGCGGUCGAAUAUUUUUCAAAGAGUUGCGAUACAUAGGCACGAACGAGACUGUAUUCGCAGUCCAGGGUCACUUCACUUGGCGAUAUUGGCUCAACCACACGCGUGUCUGCGAGAUUCUCUGUGAUCCGACCAAGACUGAGAAAAACGGUACACUGCCUUCGCGGUUCAGGCUGCAAGUCGAGGGACUGGAGUGGUUUGUUUAUAACCGGACUCCGGCAUACGAAGCAGCGCUGAAUGAGUACGAGAACGCGAAUGCUGGUGGCAACGCGCAGAAAUCCAAACGCGACUCUGAUUCGUAUGAUAGCACUCGCCGGUUUGUUUUCAGUAGCGAGAAGGAUGAAAAUGAAGUCACCAGUCAAGAGCAGCAGCAAAACAGUGGGUCCGGAUUAUCAUCGACAGUUACGCGACCUAGCAGCGGUAUCGAUUCAGAGGAGACCGAGAAAUCGGGUUCAGCCCAGUCUCAAGAUGGCGUCAAUGGCGGCAUGCAGACGAUGUAUCAGUCUCCUUCGGCGGAGCCUCAGUCUUGCGAUCUAGAAGAUUCGAAGCUUUCAGUGUUUUUGGAGAUGCUGCCGAUCGAGAUCAUUUGUGAGAAGGGUGCGAUUGUGAUGGGAAAUCAGAAUACGCCCACGAUCGCGGUAUAUCAUUUCUCAACAGCUAUCGGCAACGUCAACGCUCUCCCGUCAAGAUCUCGGCUAGAUCAUUACAAAAUGGCUUUUGACUUUGAGUUCCAGCAACCUGUGGUGCAAUUAAAAGCAAAUAUGGAUUACUCGGAACCCAACAACAGCUCGCAGCAGAACGAGAAUGCCGAUCUCGCUAAGAAUCUCUUUCGAAACCAGACCAGUAAAUGGCAAAGUUUUCUCGACUUUAUCUCAUUUCUGGUGAACAGAAGGUCAUAUAACUCGCAGACCAACGAAACCGAGCAAGAAGGCGACUGGCAAGGACUGCAACGUUAUCUGGAUGAGGAUGAUCUGGCUUUGAAUGAAGAUACUGAGCAACUAGAGGAGUACGCAAAAUGCACUUCUGUACUGGACGCGCGAUCAGGUCGCGUUGUGUUUUACUAUGACAUUGCUGGUCUUGUUCCUGACAAUCCUGAGCCAGUGCCUCUGGCCUAUAACGAGGCGGUGGACAUCGGGGCCGGAGGACUUCCACCCGAGUGGGGUGUUGAUGUUCACAUCAAAGGUGGAACGAUCCAAUAUGGACCAUGGGCAGACCGUCAACGUGCCUAUUUUUUCAACAGUUUCUUCCCUUCUGCGCGCGUUGAUGCCGUGCCGAGAGAACGACUGAGCCCAGGCGAAGUCAGAAUUCCUUCAGAGAUGAAGGUUUAUCUUGAGAUCGACGAGUCUACAAUUCUGCGAAUACCCGUUCGAGAGCCGAGUAAAGACGCUGAAUUCAAAAAGGCGAAGAAGUUGGAUGAGGCUUCCAACGAGAUUCGCUCGUUCGGAUGGAUAGAGCUGAAGAUGGCAGAGUUAUCUACUGUGGUGUAUUCUUCAGCUCUCGUCGCUUCGGAAAAUGGAUUCCCUCAUUAUCUCUCAGUUGAGCUUGCCAGUGUCGAUAUACGCUCCAGCGUGAACCAUGAUAUUCUGUGGUCGUCAAAGAAGCUUUCGAUAACUGGUGACCUGAGAUCAGCUUUGAAGUGGAAUGGUCUCGAGACAUGGAUAUUUGACUGUGAGGCAGCAGGAGUGGAGGCUUUCUUUCUUCGUGAACAUGUCACCAUGAUCACAGACAUGAUUGACGAUUUCACCUCCGGUCCUGCUACCCCAUAUCAGUACUUUGUUCCCCAACACUAUCUCUUCAACCUGGCUCUUCUGGACUUUCAGCUGCAUUUGAACGUCAACGACUCAAACAUUAUCAGUAAUCCAACGGAUUUUGAAGACAACAUCUUUCUUACAUUUGCUAGUCCGAAACUGCUGGCUCAAAUUGAUGUUCCGUUGACGCAGAUCAGUCCGGUUAGCAAAGCUGUGUCUUUUAAGAUUCUGGGUGAAAAGGUUGACUUGAAUCUGCAGCCUCCUGGAUGGAACACCUUUGCUAGUUUCCUGAAAUCAAAGGAGAUGGGAAAAGUUGCUGAGCUCGAUCUCCAAGGAUCUUAUACAUACGCAGUAGCACAACAGCCUGCACCUAUCGACACGUUGGUUAUGGAUGUUGCGGUUGGCGAUGUGACUUUGAUUGCAUACGGGUUCCUUAUCCGAUACUUUCUGAAAAUCCGGGAGAACUAUUUCGGCGACAACGCACACUUCAAAACGCUUGAGGAGUUUACACGCGCGGUGAAUGAUACUGGCUCGUCAAUAAAUGACAAUGUGCAUAUGGGCGGUAUACUGAUCAAUGACGAGACCACCGAGAGUGAAAAUGAUGAGGACUCUUCGACGUUGCCGCACGCAAACGAGACAAACGACAUACCUCCACCAGAGAACUCGACUGAUGUUCUGGUCUCAUUCAGACUUGAUAGAGGGUGUCUGAUUUUGCCGCGGCUUAUAUACUCUGCAGAGGAGCAUUUUAGGCUAGAUCUGGAUUCGUUUGAUGUGGAUUUGCGUUUCACAAAUUUCUAUAUGGAUCUGCAAAUUGACAUCAGUCCUAUUCGUGGAGCUGCACUUUCGCUUCCGCCAGAGAAAGUUCUUACCAAGUCGCGCGAAGAUUUGGGAAUCAGCAACCCAGAAGUUUUCAUUGAUGGAAUAUCUGUGUAUGGUCACCGAAUGUUUGGACUUCCUCCGACAGAGCCAACCUACGUGUGUAACUGGGAUUUCACUUUGGGCAUGAUAUUCACAGAGGGUGGUCCAGUCUUGUAUGAAGGACUCGGAGAUGCGAUAUCAGUGUUUUCACACACCUUUUCUGAUAAAGAGAAUUCACUUAUCGUGCCCGAACCUCCCUUGUAUGAUGUCACGCUUCUGCGCCUGAAGAUUCCCGCACUACGUGCUCUUUGCCAUACAGACAAGUCUACACUGGAAUUUAUGACUUCUGAUAUCACUGUCCAGUUGAAUGAUCUGGCGACCAGAACUUACAACUCUCGCGUUGAAAUCAAAAUCCCGGAUAUCAGUUUUCUCUGCCGUGAAAAACUGGACGAAUCGCUGGCUGGCAGUCGAGUUUUGGCUUACCUCAACACAGCGAUUUAUGUGACGAAUUUCGACAGGAAAGCAAGUGGUCUUGAACGAAUGAGGCUGCAGCAGGAGCACGUCCGUACAGAGGAUGCCGCGUUUGGACGUGUGCCGUUCUUCCUGAUGCCUGAGUUUGAACCGUAUACGUCUGAUCGUAUCGACCCGCAAGCAAUUGACAGGUUGGCUAUAACUCUGCCGACCCCGGGUUUGCCUCCUUCUAUGAUUGUUGAGGAUAGAUACACAUUUUUGGUAUCUACUGCACAUAAUAAUAGGGAUUUGGGAAUAGUCUCGGGGGAGAACGACAGUUCCGCCUCGCUAGGGUCCGUGAUACACCAUGAUAUAAGCGCGUCGAAAUCGGGACCGCAAAACGAGAAGCUGUAUAUGGAUAACUUCUACGCGACCUGCGAGAGCGUGAACCGGGAACGUGGCAGUAGAUUCAAAAGCACAUUCAUGCCUCCGUAUUCAUGUCUCACAUCAUUCAAGGAUCUGGAAGCUGUAACCAAAGGCUUUGAUCGGAGAAUAUAUGACAUGGAUGACGGCAUGAUACAGAGUGACAUUGGAUCCAUGCGUCCGCUUGAGGACUCUGAAACAUCAUACGAUGCUUAUGUUGUCGAGUUUCGUGGCGGCAUUGACGGAUUCCUUUCGGCUGACGGCGUGGAUACGCUAGUUGAGAUUCUAGAUGAGCUCAGUAGACCUGAACCGUCGGCGAUCUAUGAUAGUCUGCAAAUCGACGUCAUUGAAAGAUUAGAAAGCAAUCUCAUCAACGUCAAUUCCAUUCUGGGUUUGCGAGUCAUCAUUCCUGGACUCCAUCUACGGUACGGUCAAGUCGAUAAUAGACUGACAGACUGCGUUAUGAUGCCUCCAGAAAUCCGCAUGCGCGACCAUAUCGAUCUAGAGGUCAAGGGUGUCACAUUCAGCUGUCAUCUCAGCGAUAAGAGUAUGGAAUACUGCGGAGGUCGCCGGAAUCCAGUGCAGAGGGUAUCCAGAGUGUGCUUCACUUUUGAUCACCUCAAGCUUGGACUGGUGCGCUAUGAGGAUGACGAGAAACCUGUCAGCAACGCGAUGCCUCUAGAACUGAAGAUCGAGCUUGUCGAAGUUUGGAAUAGAUCUGGUACCGAAACGGAGACGUCCUCGGUGAAAAUCAGGUCAAUGGGAUUCGUGGCAGCUAGCCAAGAAAUGAAAUGGAUCGUGCACACGAUACUCGAUAUUGUCGGUCCUCUGCUUCCGAUAUCAAAGAAGCUGUCGGUGAUAGCAACUCGGAAGGAGAACCGUACAAAGAAUCUCAUAUACCUGAUUGCUGCCUCUAGCGCCGCUUACGAGAUCGCGCAUGAUCCAGCGUUUCUGACCCGGCCUGCAUAUAUCCUGCGCUCUUCUAAUGACCAUAUUCGUAUCAACGACAGCUGGAAGCUGAUUUCUCGAUUCCGCCAUAUUGCUCGAGCUCUACCUCAGGAUAUCAACAAAGAAAUCAUCCGGGAUCUGCAUUAUGAUAUUCCGCCCCCGUCAGAUGCAAAAGAGAGGACGAUCAACAUUCUUAUGCGCUGGCGAAAUUGGGAGAUGGUCGAUAUCCAGACUUCUUAUAUCUUCGCGCAUGUCUUUGAUGGUGAAUCAAAGCACGUUAGAGUGACGCCCUCUGUGCAGCAGCUUCUUAUUGAUAUCGAGUCUGUCACACUUUAUCUCUCCAACAGCACCGAGCAUGAGGAUUACUUGCAGCUGUCCUAUCUUACAUUCAGUAUGACAGAGACAACUUCAGCCCCUGCACUGCCCGAGACUCCAAUUCUCACUGUGCCAACCUCCGAUUCGCGAGAAGUGACAGUCAGUCAGCUGCGUCCACGGAGACGGCAUUUGGCACUUUCUAUCGGAUGCGAGGAAAUCCGGGUCAUCACGGUAUGGAGCUCGAUAUCGUUAUAUGAAGACAUCACCGAGGUCUUGGAUAUUCGACAUGAGGAGCUGCAGGCACUGCGACCUAAAGACUCUCAUAGAGUGUCUUCUGUCUAUUCAGGAAGGGUGGCAGAUAAGGCUGAAGAGAAAUCGACUGAAAUGUGCGCUCAAGUUGUGCUAAGUCUAAAGUCCGUCAUCACAGUCGUUCAUAGUCGCAACUUCCGAGUGCAGUGUGCUGGUCAUACAAUCGAAUGCAGCGUAGCAGCAAACAUAGGUGCUGCGCCUCUUCAGCAGAUUUCUGCCGAAACUGUGUCAUCUUUCUUGAUGCGUGCCACCGCUCUCGAGGUUGAUAUAUUGGAUCCCAAAGCACCUCGCGAGAAAAGAUUGCUUUCACUUGGAGUGCAACGGUCUGAUAUCUGGGUCUCGGUCUCAAAUCUGCCGAAUCCAAAGGCUGCGCGGUCAUUUCUUCGUGUGGCGGACGUCACUCUGGAGCUGCAGGAAGAUACUAUCGGGAUUUCUCGUGUCAUCACUGAUAUCAUCAAUGACGAGGUACGGCAGAUGUGCGAGUUAUUCCCGAUGGCUACAACUCCCGCUGCAAACAACGACGCGCCCGAUGGAGCGCCAGGCGCGAAGCCUUCACUGUCUGAAAGUGAGACGCAAAGACCAGCGCCUGGUGACAUCAUUGGAAUUUCGAUUGAUUUGCGCAACUAUCGGAUCAUUUUGAACGUGCUGCCAUCACUGAGAUUCAAUGUCCAUGGCUCUGCGGUCCAGAUCAUUGCGACACCUGUCCUCAACGGUAUCCGAUCUGUCGCAUUUGAAGCGGGUGAACAAGUAUACGAGUUCAGGCAACGCAAAAAGUCGCGCGAUACUCUAAUCACUGCCACAAAGUUCCCCCGUGUGACGACAAUAAUCCGAAUUGAGGACUAUCCAGACUACACUCGUUCAGCCAGUAUCCGAAUGAAUCUCGACACCGUCAACUUUGAUGCGUCCUCGUUCCCGACAUUUGCGAGUGUGCUGUCUGGUGAUGUCACGAAGACCGAGCUCAUGGUAGCGCAAAAGGAAUGGAAUAAGACUGUGAAUUUGUUGCGGCAAUACGUGCCUGACAACUCUAAUUCCAGACCGAUGGAAAAUGUGAAGCCUCCGAGAGAUGUCAGUUUCCAAGGAUCAUUAUAUAUCAAAGGAAUCAUUCUCAAGGCGGAGUCCUCAAACUCUGAGCUUAUCAUGACGAUCGACAACAUCAAGACUGAGGGUCAUUCGAUUCCGGACAAUGGCUCUGACGAGAAAUUCCGACAUAUGUCAUUAGGAGCUUCGUUUCCGAAUAUUCAGAUUUUCCUUGUCAACAAGAUUUUCCAGAAUGGAAAGUUCAAGAUUCUGGAUACGAAUGUUACGUUGUCUGUGAAGACUAUGGAGGACAAGCUGAACAAGAACUCUAUCCGGCAAGCGAUAGCAGUGCGGAGCACGAAAUGGGAUCUUUCGCUUUCGCCAUACAGUUCCACAUUGAUGGUUGAGCUUCUGAGUCAAUUCGAGGAGAAGAUUAUGAACCUGGAGCUUCCAGAAUUCCAUCUUCAGGAUCUUCUGAAAGAGCCCGGUGCAUCUACCCCGACGACGACGCCGACUGAAGAUGACUUGAAUCCAGAAAUACAGACGUGGGAUGGAAUCUUCAAGGCGCUUAUUCGAAUCCAGUUGCUCGAUUGUGCAAUUAAUUGGGUCUCGGACGACUUUGGCGAGGACCCGGAUGAUUUCUACUUAACUAUCAGAUCGGACCAACUUCGUCUGGCAUCCAAGGGCGAAGGACGGAUCGCGAUGGAGGUGAAGCAGUUUGCUAUUGUCGCCAAGGAGAAGAAUCCAAAGCAGAGCUUGUCGUCGUCGCCUAAUCUGCCGAAGCAGAGCUCGUCGGUCAUGCCGGAGAUGUCUGUUUACGUGGCAUUGAAGCACGAUGGUGCUAAUCGUGCGUUGGACUUCAAUGUUCAGAGUUCUGCGAUCCAGGUAGAAAUCAUUCCCAAAGUUGUGAACUCAGUCAGGGCUAUCUUUUCCUCGGUUUCAACGACUGCUGAGACGGCGGCGGAAAAGAUCAGGGAUUACAAGAACCAUGUCUCGGCCCACCACAAUGCCUCGGUAUCAAGAGGCGCCAGUAGCGGGGCCUUGAUAUCAACCGAUCAGCAGAGGCUGUUGUUCAGCGCGAUCAACGUGAAAGCAGACUUUGCCGGUGCUACGAUUAGUCUGUAUGGUGACACCAAUGUCAAGUAUACGGAAGAGCCGGUACUUGGUCGGAGAAGGUCGUCGUUCAAUAGUAACACGGGAUCUGCGAAACAUGAUCUCAGCGGUCCGAUGGGAACUCUACAGGUUCCGGGCGUCCAUGUUAUGGCGGAGUACACCGUGUCGCGUAAUUCGCGAUCACUUGGAGCUGAAGUGAUGAUUGAGUCAUCUGUAAAUCAGCUCAAGCCCAAGGUUAUGCCGGUGGUGAUGGAGAUGAUUCAUUAUUUCAAAGAGAAUAUUCGAGAGCGGAAGUUCGAUGAUGAUGAUGACGAAGAAGACGAUCGAUUCUCAGAAGCUGCUUCCAAUAUCUCUUCAUCCAAUUCACUAGCAGCUCCGUCGAAUUCUGUAACAGCCGAUGCUGUGUUUGGAAAUUUGGAGGUCAACGUCGGAGUAAGAUUCGAACGGAUGGAGUUUUCCUUGAGCUGUGAGCCAAUUGCAAAGGUCGCAGCAUCAGUCUCAUUCGAUGGAAUUUUCUUCUCAAUGAACACAUUCCACAAGGCGAACGUGCCAAAGUUCGUGACUGCCACUUAUCACAUGCACAAUCUCAAGGCGUCGCUGCAGCAUAUUUAUUCACGAGAACAUAGUGCGCAAGUCCAGGUUAAGGUGUUCACCGUCUCUGCUCUCUCGGAUCAAAAGAUUAGCUCCAAUGCCGGGCUUUCGUUUAUUUCCAAGGUGGCCGGCGUGGACUUUUAUCUCAACCUGAAGCAGAGUCACGAUCUAUUGCUGUUUCAGGAUAUUUGGGCUCCGGACCAUUCUCUCGAGCUGUCGUCUUCAACGCAACAAAAGAGCGCCGAUAAGCGGGCAGAGCUGUUGGUGGAGAAGUUCCACCGCGUGUCGUCGACAAAGGCGUUCCCGUGGAGCGUUGACUUUGAAUUGGUCGAAUUGGCGGGCAAGUUAGAUCUCGGGCAGUCGCUAGGAAAACUGGAGUGCAGUCUCGACAAGAUCUGGCUUACCUCUCGAAAGUCGUCUGACUGGGAACAGCAUUUGAUCUUUGGAAUCUGCAAUUUGCUUGCGAAUUGUAGAGGCCGAUUGGGUGGUUCGCUUGUGCUUCGGAAUAUCCGUGGACGGUCUGCGAUUCGCUGGGAGAUUCUGAACGAUGGCCGGUUUGGUGUGCCGUUGGUGCAAGUUGCUGCAGGCUUGGAGAAGCUCGAAACAAAGCUAUACUUUGACUACCACCUGUUUUUGAUUGCGACCGGAUCGGCUAUUCAUCUGACGAUGCUGAAUCAGCGGUCGAAAGCGGACGGUAGCGACACGCUUGUGUGUAUGGCCGACUGCGACUCUAUUGGCGUGUAUCUCACCGUACUGGCGCCCUCGAAUAUCCUGGCUAUUCUCAAGACUAUCAGGCGCAUCGAGCAGGACCGUGCGUCUUCUUACCAGGCGGUUCUGCGCGACUCUGAACGGUUCAAGAUCAACAGCGUGUCGAGUAUUCCGGAAGAAAAUGCGGAAGAGGAGAAUUUGAACUUCAAGGCGAUGCAGUUGGCGACCAGCUUGAGUGUCCAGAUCCGGAGGUUCAACGUCGAUAUAUUCCCGACCGCUCUGUCAGACAGCGAAGUUUUGCGCGUGGAGGCAGUGAAUAUUCUUGCCCGGUUCAGUCUGGGCCUGGACGAAGCCAAGCUGCGAAGUUACCUCGAACUCAAGCUCGACCAAUUUGUCAUUGCGCUCUCGAGCACGCGCAAACUGACGGACGACCUCAACACGAUCGAGGUCGACAAGUUUGCGCGGCAGAUCCGCGAGGCGAAGGGAGGUACGAUCAUUCGGAUCCCGGCGGUGAGUCUGGAGAUGACGACAUGGCAGCCGCUGGACGAUAUGACGGACGUCGAGUUUAUCUUCUGGAGCAGGUUUGACGGGCGCGUGGACGUGGGGUGGAAUCUGGGAUCGAUUAAUUUCAUCAGAGAUAUGUGGAACACGCACGUCAACGCGUUUUCGAUCCACCAGAUCCAAAGCGACGGAAAACCAUUGUCGCAGCGGCAUAUAAUGGACAGCAAGGAACUCGAAGAGAAAAUCAGAGAGGUGCAGCUCAACAAGAUGUACAGAUACACCCCGCUACAACCACCGGUGAUUGCUACCCCGCAGCUGAAGGAUAUGGGCGAAGCCACGCCGCCGGUGGAAUGGUUGGGUCUCAAUCGAGACCGGUUGCCUGGUCUGACGCAUCAGGCUAUUAUUGUUGCUUUGCAGUCGAUGGCAAGGAAAGGAGGUAUGUAGAUCCUGCACUUAUGGAGUGAAGUUGAAGUUGCUAACUCCCAGUUUAGAAGUUGCGUAUUCGGAUGUUCUCGGAAAAGCUUGAGCGU